ACCUGUCUGUGAGGAGGACAGAGGCAGCAAGGGAGGGGUAGCUGCCGACAGAAUUACAAUACAGAACAGUGAAGUAGCUGUAGACUUAUCAAACAGUAGAAAUAUCGUCUCUCUUGACUGUGUUCAGAUACCCUCUUUACUAAAUGCUAGAUAUCCAUUUGUGGCGUUGAAGGAAAGCGCAUGUUUAAUGGCGUUUUGGAAGUCUCCGCGGCGCUCUCCGGGUAGAAGAGGAGACAUUACGGCGCGAGUUAGCUAACGUUAGCUCGUUAACAAGCGGGCUGGUAUGGCUGUCUAACAGUCUGCUAAAGAUCUCUUCAUGGAUCACAGAGGACAACAAAGAAAAACCACCACAUCUGUGAGCGUCACCAAUAACUAGGGAAUCUGACCCACAAACAUAUCAUCAGACUGACUUCAGUGCAUGUGGCCUCCUCAGUUGUUCAUAGACAUCCGUUGGGCAGCCCAAAGGCCUAUUGCUAUGCACUAUAAAAGGAGAGACAUGAGCUGUGGGGAUGCUGGGAGGAGCAGGCUUCUUUCGGGCAGGACUAUCCCUCUGGUAAUAGGGCUUCUGGUGACCAUGGCCCAGGGUACAGUGCCAGAACAGCAAGAGACACUGGUGGAGAUGAUAUCUGUGGAACUAGAAGCUUCCAUGCAGUCCUCUGUACUCUCUGAGCUCCAGGCUGCUGCAUCUUCAGUCGGUGAAGGGCCGCCUACAGCCAUCCCAGAUUCCUCUACAAAGAAUGGGGGAGUGCACACUGGCAUACCUGACUCCUCUGCAAUCGUGGGCCAGGUGUUCCAGUUGAAGGUUCCCCCAGGACCUGCCAAUGCAAGCUGUAAUAUACAUCUCACUGAGAUGGGAAAGGAGACUUUACCCUCCUGGUUAUAUUGGGACAAAGAAAGCUGCAUUCUGAGAGGGUUGGCGCUGGAUCAGGAUAAAGGUGUGUAUCAUAUCUUGGUGUCUGGAGAGGAGUUAAUUGAGAAGACUGGCAGCCAAUUGUUCCCCAGUACGGUCUUCUCUAUUGAAGUAUACCCAGAAGAAAGAGCAGACAGUGAACCAGCCCUGCUCACUCUACAGUCUGACAUCAGUGGCCUCCAGCCCUUCACGUGUGGCUCUGAGGAGCCUGUAACUGUCCUCACUGUCAUCCUGGAUGCUGACUUGACGAAGAUGGUUGCUGAACAGAGGGCCAACUUACUGGGCAUUAUGAGAAAAUUCUCACAUGUUCCCCUAGAGCAAAUGAGGGUGGUACCUGUUGUCAACAACCGCUUAUUUGACAUGUCUGCUUUCAUGGCUGGACCAGGGAAUGCUAAGAAGGUGGUGGAGAAUGGGGCCCUCCUGUCAUGGAAACUUGGAUGUGCCCUUGACCAGGGUAGCAUCCCUGACAUUAGCAGUGUCCAAUCAUCAGCAAAGGAUGGGAACAUGUCAGCUAGGCUAGGGUACCCAGUGGUUGGCUGGCACAUUGUGAACAAAAAGCCCCAUGGUGUGAAACGGGUCAGACGGCAGUUGAACAACACACCUACUCCAGUGCCCUCCCUGCUUCCUCCAACUACCCACCCAGAGCCCCCUAUACGUGUUGUUCCCACCCCAACUUCACCCUCUAUUGCCCCAGCAACAGACAACUCUGCUCCCCCUGUCCGAGGACCUUUGCCUCUUCCAGUGAAGCCCACAAUGAGGGUCAGAGAUCAGAUAGCCCACACACCUGUUUUUGGGCCUCCCCAACCCACAAGAGUACUAGGAACUACAAGCACCAUCCCUAUCCAGCCAACCAUGACCCGGCCUACAUUUGUAGAGGCCACUGCUGUGCCAACACCACCAAGCACCACCAAAAGACCCAAAACAUCUGCCACAAGGAAACCCAAGAAACCCAAAUCUUCCACUCCAGCUCCCCGGGAACCCAAGUCCACCACAGCUAAACCGCCCAGACGCACCACUCCUCUCUCUUUGGCUCCAGACUUGAAUCAAACCCCAGAGAUGCGUAACCCCAUUGAUCAGGUGAAUGCAUGGGUUGGCACAUACUUUGAAGUUAAGAUCCCUCCUGAUACAUUCUAUGACAGGGAGGAUGGUACUACUGAUAAACUACGUUUGACUUUAAAGAAGACCCCCAAAGAGGCAGUGAAUGAAACAUCUUGGAUCCAAUUCAACAGCACAAUCCAACUUUUGUACGGCCUUCCAGAGGAGCAUCAUGCAGGGAAACAUGAGUACUUCAUGUUGGCCACUGAUAAGGGUGGAAGGAGCAUCAUGGAUGCUUUUGAGGUACGAGUCAACCGUUGGUCUAUUAAUGACAAACCAUCAGUUGUGUUUGCUGCUCGUUUCCAUGGUGACCCCAAAACUUUAAGCAAUGAUGUUCAUAAAAAGAUUCUUUUGACCAAAAAGUUAGCUUAUGCUCUUGGUGAUCGCAACAGCAGCACAGUGACCCUGAGAAGCAUCACUAGGGGCUCCAUUGUGGUUGAAUGGACCAAUAACAGUCUCCAGCAAAGUCCUUGUCCAAAGGACCAGAUCACAGUUCUCAGCAACAGGAUCUCUGAUCCCCAAGGGACACCAAAACUGGCCUUCAUCAAAGCCAUGGAGCCAGAAUUCAAACCCAUUAACAUAUCCAUUCGUGGUACAAAUAAAUGUCAGAGCUACACGUUCAUUCCACCAGGAGAGGUGCCAUCGCCUGUUCUGCCUACAGCUACACCCUCACCUGGGACAGGUCGUAGGAGUAGUGAUGAUGUUUACCUACACACUGUUAUUCCUGCUGUAGUGGUAGCAGCCCUGUUGCUCAUAGCCGGAAUCAUUGCUAUGGUCUGCUAUCGCAAGAAACGCAAAGGAAAGAUGACCAUAGAGGAGCAGGCCACAUUCAUCAAGAAAGGAGUCCCCAUAAUAUUUGCAGAUGAGUUAGAUGAUUCCAAGUCACCGCCGUCCUCCAGCAUCCCUCUUAUCCUUCAAGAGGAAAAGCCCCCACUUCCCCCUCCAGAAUACCCUAACAUGGCUGGCCCUCAUAGUACCCUGCUUAACCAGGAUCUGCUGGAGGAGUAUUCCGUUUAUCAAGAUGAUGAUCCUAAUGCCCCUCCUUACCAGCCCCCACCACCAUUUACUGUCCCCAUAGAGGGCAAAGGCUCUCGCCCUAAGAACAUGACCGCGUACAGGUCACCACCUCCCUAUGUGCCUCCCUAACGCACACUGGAGCUUUCAGUUUGGAAAGCAGGUGCAAUGUAGGGUUGCUUGUUGAAAACUACUACUGGAGUAAUUUUUCAUGUGUUCAAUGAAAUGGCUUUGACUUUGUAGACGCAAGGCAACCAUACCCAUAUAUUUGACCACAAUGGAUAAGACACUGAAUCGUACAAUUCUACUACUGGCACAGGGCAAAUGGAUGGGGAACAGUUUGUAAUUUCGAACACACUCUUUUUUUGUUUUCCUUCAGAUCUGCUUUUGACUUCUUGCAUAUUCUUUUUUGUCUGUUUUUGCCAAGAAGAGUCAGUUUUAUCUUCAAUGAUGUACUAUUUCUAUUGUAUAGAAAAUAAUAAAGAAGCAGGAAAGACUGAAGCCUACAGGGCCUUUGAGCAGAUGUCACCAUGACAACAGACUUGAGGCUCUCCCUCACAAUGUUAAUCUUUAUGAGUUCUAUAUCACUCUUAUCUGUCCUUUGGCUAGGUUUACUAAGAUUUUGCACCUGUUAUUUCUAGAGGGGAAUGAAAUACAAAAAGCCAAACUGAAAGCAUGAAACACUUUAUUUACACAAAAAUCAGUUUGUAUCUUAGACUUUGAUCUUUCUCUGUUCUCUUCUUUGCUUUGCUCCCUCUUGACAAUAACAUGCAAACCUUGCACUUAUGCAAAUUCUUGUUAAACCUUGCACUAUGUGUCUUGCACAGAAUUGAACACAGUAAGUGGUAGUCCAAUAAGGAGAAAACAAUUCUUUUUGUAUCCUUGAACUCACCACAUGACUGAGAUUCCUCUGGUACUUGAUCACAAAGGACAUUACACUGAUCACGCCUGUUGUAGAUGUAGCCUAAUUAAGUUACAAAACAAAUAAUGACUUUUUUUUUCUUAAUGUGUGCCACUGAACCUGCCUGUGAGAUGACUGGUUUUGCUCUUGCCAAGGUGAUGUCUGUGGUCACAAGGCAAACCUUGUGGGGUUGCUACAACAAUAUGAAGGGGCCAAUGAAAUGCUGUGGUCCACAGCAAGGUGAGAGUAAUAUUGGCAAUAUGGUCAAUGAGGUGGAUCCACUGUCUUAUAUUCAGUUGGUUUUAUUGGUGUGUGGGGUGGGUGGGCUUAGAGUACUGUAUCAUCACUGCUCUGCCUCUAGGUGUUGCACUGUUAUGUUUAGUGCAUUGCCUGUUGUCAGUUCAGAUGAGGCAUGGGGACAAGGGGAUGUACAUAAUUGUGUGCCUGUGAAAUUAAACAACUCCAUAAUGUUAGUGUUUUAUCAGUAAAGUUAGUCGGGAAAGGGGGGGCCAGAGUGGGAAAUAAUUUUAUUUUUUAAUUGUAUGUCUAGAUUUAUGAUCACAAUCAUAAAAAAAAUGAAUUUAUAGUUUGUGAGGGUACAAAAGAACAUUUACUUGCCUAUCACAAAAAAAUGCAUUAUCUCAAUAUGAUGGGGAACAAAGAAACCACAACAAUAUGUGAAUUAUGUACAUUUCAUAUCUGAUAUCACCAUAAGAAAAAAUGGAUAAAAAUCUAAUGUUUUUACUGAGUUUUGAUACAGUCUUAAACUUGUUUUAUGAAAAUAUAUUAAUAAAAUGUAAUACUAUU